AUGAGCGAAAGCAGCAAUACCUUCGAACCAGGCCUCUACCUCCCUGGCGGCCACAACACCGACCCUCCUCUCCCCCUCUCCUCCCCAACCACCAACUACCGCCUCAACCACGUCAUGCUGCGCACUCGUGACCCCAAACGCACCCUCCACUUCUACCUCGACCUCAUGGGCAUGCGCACGGUUUUCACCAUGAACACCGGUCCAUUCACCAUCUACUACCUCGGAUACCCCGCUACCGCAGACGACCGCGCAAACCUCCCUGCUUGGGCAGCCCGCAUUGCCGACAUCCCUGUACUAACCCAAACCCUUGGACUAUUGGAAUUCUAUCAUGUCCACGGCAUGGAGAAUCCCGAUAACGGGUUCAAGGUUUCCACUGGAAAUGAUCCCCCGAAUCUAGGUUUGGGACAUCUGGGAUUCACGGUCCCGGAUGUCAGUGAUGCCUUGGAGAGGUUGAGGAGUGAGGGGGUACGAGUGUUUAAAGAGUUGGGGGAUGUUUCGAGGGAGAGUGUCCCCCUGAGUCACUGGGAGGAAAGUAGGGGGAUCGGGAAGGGGCAGGUGCAUGAGAGGUUUGCGGAGAUUUAUGGGCAGGUUGCGGUUGUGCUUGAUCCGGAUGGGUAUAUGGUUGAAUUAGUGCCUCAGGAUAUGGUCUUUUGA